UCUCUGCUGCUCAAAUCAGCUCCUGCCAGACAGCGCUGAGGGUUCAUGACUCAGCUGUUCCUUCGUUUCUCCACCUUUUUUUCCUUCUCGCUGUCAAACCUCAUCCCUCUCUUUCCUCUCUGUUUCUGUCAUUUAUUCUCUCUGUUAAGACUCUUAUUAAACGUUAAUAGAGCUAGGAUUAAAGCGUGUUUAAACCAGAAACCGCUGGAUUAGCAGUUAGCCGCCGAUGCUAACAGGAAGCUAACGGCUAUGUGAAACUGAACAGUUUAGCGUCCGAUGAGGAUUUCCCCGCCGCGCCGCCGUUAGCCACUAGCCGCUAGCCGCCGGCUCCCAUGAGGCCAUGGACUCGGCGUCCUACGAGGCGUGGCUGGCGUCGGUGUCGGCCGGCUUCCUGGCGCAGAGCGACGCGCAGCGCAACGCCAGCCUGGACCGGCUGAUCGCGCUGAGCGGCGCCGCGCAGCUACGCCACCUGUCCGGCGGCCUGGACGCGCUGCUGAAGCGCGAUUUCCUCAGGCUCCUCCCCCUGGAGCUCGCCUUCCACCUGCUGCGCUGGCUGGACCCGCCCACGCUGCUCACCUGCUGCCUGGUGUGCAAGCGCUGGAACAAGGUGAUCAACUCGUGCACGGAGGUGUGGCAGGGCGUUUGCCUCGAGCUGGGCUGGCGCAUCGACGAGGCGGGGCAGGACGGCAGCCACUGGAAGGCCGACGAGGCCGUGCAGGACGCCAGCCACUGGAAGGCCGACGAGGCCGUGCAGGACGCCAGCCACUGGAAGGCCGACGAGGCCGUGCAGGACGCCAGCCACUGGAAGGCCGUGUACCUGAAGGCGCGGCGGCGCAUGACGCAGCUAAAGGAGCAGCGCGCCUUCGAGACCUCGUCCCUGAUUGGCCACAGCGCCCGCGUCUACGCCCUCUACUACAAGGACGGCCUGCUCUGCACCGGUUCAGACGACUUGUCGGCGAAGCUGUGGGACGUCCGCACCGGCCAGUGCGUCUACGGAAUCCAAACGCACACGUGCGCCGCCGUCAAGUUCGACGAGCAGAAGCUGGUGACGGGAUCCUUCGACAACACUGUUGCAUGCUGGGAGUGGAGCUCCGGGGCCAAGAUCCAGCAGUUCAGGGGCCACACGGGGGCCGUGUUCAGCCUGGACUACAACGACGACCUGGACGUUCUCGUCAGCGGUUCGGCAGAUUUCUCUGUGAAGGUUUGGUCGUUGGGAGCCGGAGCCUGUUUGAACACGUUAACGGGUCACACGGAGUGGGUGACCAAGGUGAUUCUCCAGAAGAGCGAGGUGGAGUCGGUUCAUCACAGUCCUGGAGAUCACAUUCUCCUGAGUUCAGACAAGUACGAGAUCAAGGUGUGGCCGCUGGGCCGGGAGAUCAACUGCACGUGUCUGAAGACGCUGCGCGUGUCGGAGAACCGCAGCAUCAGCCUCCAGCCGCGGCUGCAGUUCGACGGCAGAACCAUCGUCUGCAGCUCCGACCUCGGCGUCCACCAGUGGGACUUCGCCAGCUUCCAGCUGCGCAGGGUGAUCAAGAUGGACGACCCGUCCAACCUGUCGCUGCUGAGCUUCGGCGAGGUGUUCGCGCUGCUGUUCGACGAGCGCUUCCUGUACGUGAUGGACCUGCGCACGGAGGCCGUGUCGGGCCGCUGGCCGCUGCCGCCGUACCGCAAGUCCAAGCGCGGCUCCAGCUUCCUGGCCGGCGUCACGUCCUGGCUCAACGGGCUGGACGGCGCUAACGACGCGGGCCUGGUGUUCGCCACCAGCAUGCCGGACCACAGCAUCCACCUGGUGCUGUGGAAGGAGAGCCGCUAGCGCGGCUAGUCGCUAGCACGCCGGACCACAGCAUCCACCUGGUGCUGUGGAAGGAGAGCCGCUAGCGCGGCUAGCCGCUAGCACGCCGGACCACAGCAUCCACCUGGUGCUGUGGAAGGAGAGCCGCUAGCACGGCUAGCCACCAGCAUGCCGGACCACAGCAUCCACCUGGUGCUGUGGAAGGAGAGCCGCUAGCGCGGCUAGCCGCUAGCACGCCGGACCACAGCAUCCACCUGGUGCUGUGGAAGGAGAGCCGCUAGCGCGGCUAGCCGCUAGCACGCCGGACCACAGCAUCCACCUGGUGCUGUGGAAGGAGAGCCGCUAGCGCGGCUAGCCCGCUAGCACGCCGGACCACAGCAUCCACCUGGUGCUGUGGGAGGAGAGCCGCUAGCGCGGCUAGCCGCUAGCACGCCGGACCACAGCAUAGACGUAUAUAAAGGCUAGAUGACUCGUCCGCGCUGCUGCGACAUCGUCACACGGCGGCCAUCUUGCCACAGGAGACUCGCU